AUGUUCCUGGUUUUACAUCACUUCACAAUUACAUGGCUGCUGCUUCAAAUCAUCACUUACUGCAAAGGAACUAUUCCUUCAGCUUUGUUUCCUUCAGUUUCUAAGAAUAUCAAUGAAAGUACCUUUCCAGUGGCUAUGAAAAUUAAAUCUACGUCAGAUUUAAUCCUUGUCAAAUGUCCAGACAAAUAUUACAAGCAUUCAAAUAUUAAAGAUUCUUUUAACAUGGAUGGUUUGUUAGAAUUUUCAAAAUUAACUUUUCGUACUAAUAGCAAAAUUUUUGCUUGGACACCUUCUGUAUACAAUAAUAUAAAUAGAGAUAAUAUAGUAACUUGUGGAAUAGCUGGUAUAAUAAAUUUUAACAAUAAAUCAAUAAAUUAUGAUUGGAAGAUGAAAUACAAUUGGCAGUCUAAACCAAAAUCAUUUGAAAUAGCAAAGAGAGAGAAAAUAUCAAAGACACUUCCUUCAUCUAAUAAAUGUGGUGAUGAUCCGUCUAAUGUUGUCAAAUUUACCAGAGAUAAACAAGGCAAUUUGAAACGAGUCAGUAUAAAUAAUGGUGAAUUAAAAGAAGAAGAUGAAAUACCUCAUGCCAAUAAAUUAUAUUACUAUUUUGAUGUUCCUGAUGAUAAUUCUAUUCUGGAAUAUGUGCCUCCGUGUCAAAUUGUUAGAGCAGUUAACGAUAAACCAGAAAUCAAAAUUAAUGGCCAAGAACAUCCAGUAUCUCCAAAUAAUAACAAAAUUUAUGUUGUUAAACGAGAAACCAUGACAGAAGUAUUCAAUAUAAAACUUGAGUUGCUGUCUCCAGAUACUCCUGAUUUCUAUAAAGGUGAAAAAAUUUUAAUGAAAGAAAUGAGAUAUGCAGAGUCAAGUAUUGCAGACAUACCAAAUACUGAUGAAAUGAUAAUGGACAGUUUUACACUACAUCAAUUUAAAAUACUGAAGUUUAGUUACAACUAUCCAACAAUUGAAAAUGAUAACGUUGUAGAAAAAAUAUAUUAUUUUGGACCAAUGAAAGAUGAUUAUAACUUUCCAAAUCAGGACAUAUUAUAUCUGGCAAAUGAAACGUCUAUUCAACCAAAUUGUACCAUUAAUGGAAUCACAUAUGGAUAUUUUGACUCUCUCACUUAUGAAAAUAAAACUAUUAAAUUAAAUGAUUUUAAUAAUAAUGAAAAGGAUAAUUUUAAACGUUCUGGAGAUUAUAUUAUUUUAAAAAAUAAUAAAACCAACAUGAUAUCUUUAAUGUGCCGUUAUAUUACUCCAACUGGAACUGUUACAUUAACUCAAACAUUU